GCUCUGGACUUUCCCACUCUCGUUUUGGAAGCCGCUUUCUUUUAUCCUUCCAGCAGCUGCUGCUCUUCCUCUUCCAAAACCCUUCUUCUAGGGUUAGGGUUUGGGCUAGGGUUUGCCUCUCUGUGUCCCCCUUCAUCACUAAUCCUCUCCCUAGGGAUCUCUGUACCACCAAAUUAGGGAUUCUUUCAUCGUUUCUGUGCUUUCUCCGUUGUCGUUUUGUAGUGGUUUGGAUUCGUUUUGGAUCUCGAUCUGGGUUCUGAAGUAAUGGAUACUCGUAAAAGAGGGCGGCAUGAAGGUGGCGGCUUUCACUCUAAUGGCGGCUUCAAGAAGAACAAGCAAGAAUUGGAGUCCUUUUCAACCGGUGUAGGAAGCAAAUCGAAGCCAUGCACCAAAUUUUUCAGCACUGCUGGCUGUCCUUUUGGCGAGAGUUGCCACUUCCUGCACUAUGUUCCUGGAGGUUACAAUGCCGUGGCUCAGAUGAUGAAUCUUGCGCCUGCCCCUCCGCCACCUAGGAACAUUCCUGGCCCACCAUCCCAUUCCAAUGGGUCCAAUUCAUCUGGAGUUAAAUCGCGCAUAUGCAAUAAAUAUAAUUCUGCUGAAGGCUGCAAAUUUGGUGACAAAUGUCAUUUUGCUCAUGGUGAGUGGGAACUUGGCAAGCCUCUUGCUCAGUCCCACGAUGAUCCUCAUGCCAUGGGACCUGGUCCAGGCCGUAUGGGUAAUUGGAUGGAGCCACACCCGGCACGCCCAGCAUCUAGCUUUGGUGCCUCAUCUACUGCAAAAAUCAGUGUGGAUGCAUCACUUGCAGGAGCCAUUAUUGGGAAGGGAGGUGUACAUUCGAAGCAGAUUUGUCGCCAGACAGGAGCCAAACUUUCAAUCCGGGACCAUGAGUCAAAUCCCAAUCUCAGGAACAUUGAACUGGAGGGGACCUUUGAACAGAUUCAGCAAGCUAGUGCCAUGGUGAGUGAGCUAAUUGCGACUGUUUCAAACUCUGGCCCUGGUAAGGCUCCGGGAGGAGGAGGCCCAGGAGCCCCAGCCCCUCCAGGAAGUAACUUUAAGACGAAACUGUGUGAUAAUUUUACCAAAGGGACUUGCACCUUUGGAGAAAGAUGUCACUUUGCACACGGGGCUGCUGAAUUGCGGAAGUCUGGAGUGUGAGUGCUCUUUGAAAUUCUUUUUCUUGCAGUCAGAAUCUUGUACUAGUGGGAGAGCGGUUUUGAUUUGUUGAUGUGCGAUGCUACCUAGAGGAAUUAACAAGAUUAUGAUAUCAUUGUUUUUGUGAGCAUUUGGUGGCGCUUACUGCUAGUGUAGCUUUGUAGGCAUAAGUUUUUACUUAUUGUGCUUGACAUUUUGCUCAUGUUAAAACUCGGUUAAAGGAACCUUUUUUGGGUCCAAAAAUGUUGGUAAUUUUGAUAUGAUUUGA